AUGGUCAAGUUCUCCUCCUUUGCGGCUCUCCCAUUGGCGCUUGCUGCCGUCGUUGCGGCCAAGCCCGACUUUGAGAAGCGUCAAGCUUCUGCAUCUGGCUCGGCUGCCACUCGAGCCUCCUCCGCUGCCAAUGCUAGUGGUGGUGGUGGUGGUGGUGCUGCUGCUGCUGCUGCUCCUACUUCCACCUUCACUGGAAGCCUCCCUGCUUCGAUUUCGUCGCUCCUUGCUGGCGUCUCUUCGGGACCUGGUGUCACCACAUCCACUACCUCACUCUUCACCACUUACGCAGCUGGUGCUAAGAACCCCCAGGUGACCGGCGCUCCUGGUCUUCCCGACAUCAAUUCGAUCCUUCCUUCCAACUUCCCUGCUCUCGAUGCCGUACCACCUACCAACUCGGCUCAGGUUCAGAGCUGGAUUUCUCAGAUCGACUGGUCUCAGGUCCCCAACGUCACCACCACCGUUGACUCAGCUUCUUGCAGCGGUAACCCCGCCAACCUUGGCCAGGCCGGCCCUGACGGUAACUGCUGGUGGUCUUGCGGUCAGUGCACCCGUUCCACCGACAUCACCACCUGCCCUGAUCCCAACACCUGGGGUCUCUCUUACGAUGACGGCCCUUCGCCCUACACUCCUACCCUCCUCCAGUACCUGGACCAGAACAACCUCAAGUCCACUUUCUUCGUCGUUGGAUCGCGUGUCAUUUCGCGUCCCCAGAUGGUGCAGACCGAAUUUGAGCAGGGUCACCAGAUCUCGGUUCACACCUGGUCUCACCGCGCUCUUACCACCCUCACCAACGAAGAGAUUGUUGCCGAGCUUGGCUGGACCAAGGAGGUCAUUCGCUCAGUGAUUGGCGUGACUCCCAACACUAUGCGUCCUCCUUACGGUGACAUUGACGACCGCGUUCGCGCCAUCUCGCUUCAGAUGGGUCUCACCCCUAUCAUCUGGACCACCCCUCCCGGUGGUCAGCCUUACGACACCAACGACUGGCGCAUUGCUGCUGGUGUUGUCUCGCCUGCCGAGGUCGUCUACGGUUUCGAACAGAUCAUCAAGAACGCCUCUUCCCUCUCCACCGGUUACAUUGUUCUCGCACACGACCUUUACCAGCAGGCUGUCGACAUUGCCGUCAACAUUGUUCUUCCCGCUGCUCAGCAGAUGAGGCCUAGACAGAACCUCAUGCCCAUCGUCGAGUGUCUCAAGAAGCCUGCUGGCGAUGCUUACAUCGAGACCUACUCGAACAGCUCUGGUGCGCUUCCCAACGAGGUUGGCUCCACGGGCACUCACCUUCUCACCUCCACCAAGGCUGCUGCUGGCUCUCUUGCUUCCGCCACUGGCCAGAGCUCGGGUUCGGGUUCUGCUGGCCGCAACUUUGCCGGUGCUACAAUCCUCUCGAUCCUGGGCUCUGUGCUCGGUGCCGUUGCGCUCUCCUUCGGUCUUCUCGUCUAA